AUCAGGCGUUGCCCCUAGGCUGCUUUAGUUAUUCUUUUAGAAAUUAAGCAUAACGACAACAACAAAAGUUUGCUGGAAAAGUGAGAUAAUCUUCUGUCAGAAAGGAAAAAAAUCAAAGAGAGGAGGAGCAAAAUAAACCGUUCCUUGAUUUAUCUCUUUAAACUGCUGCAUCUGCCUGUGCCAAACUAAUCGUAACCAAUUGCGCCACACCAAAAAAAAAAAUUGAACAAAUCAAAAUCUCAAUAAUAAAAUUAAUAAUAACAAUUGCAAAUUCAGCCGUGUGGAGAUUCCCCUUUUCAGGCAACUUUUUCCUGAGAGCAGCUUGGAAACCCUCUGUUGAAGGGACUGCUGGUUGCAUUUUGGCCUCCCAAUUUGGCACUCAAGGAUGGUUUACUGAGAGCACAAGGCUCAUUCCAGGCCACACGUUUAAAUGCUCAUUUUUCUGACGACCUUAAGUUCCAAAACCAACCCCCUCUUCUGAUUGACAGUUUCGUGCUGUGACUUUCUAGUGGGAAAUCUAUUCCUUGCUGUUGCGACAACACAACUUUACAUCUUUUAACGUUGGGCUUUGGGGCUUUGGGGGAAGCAUUUUGAAGGUGGCAUUUUUCAUCGUUUCCAGUCUUAUCAGUUUGGCCUCUUCUCUCUCUCCUUUUUUUUAAUUUGUUUGUUUCAUUGACAAUUUUAACUACCUGUAAAAAAAAUAAAAAUCUAAACAUGGCUGUAAGUGUCACACCAAUCCGGGACACAAAAUGGCUAACACUGGAAGUGUGUCGUGAGUUCCAAAGAGGGACUUGCUCACGUCCAGAUACGGAAUGUAAAUUUGCACAUCCAUCGAAAAGCUGCCAAGUUGAAAAUGGACGAGUAAUCGCCUGCUUUGAUUCAUUGAAAGGACGAUGCUCAAGGGAGAAUUGCAAAUACCUUCACCCACCGCCACACUUAAAAACACAGUUGGAGAUCAAUGGACGCAAUAACCUGAUUCAGCAGAAGAACAUGGCCAUGCUGGCCCAGCAGAUGCAACUAGCCAAUGCCAUGAUGCCUGGUGCCCCGUUACAACCAGUGAACCAUAUGCCUCAGACAUUCCAAAAAAGAGGGGGGGAGGGAUCUCCAUAUUUCAUCGACACUGAUUCCAUUUAUCAAUACCAAACACUAAAGAGAGCCCUAGACCAAUGGUCUUCAGCUGAUGGGUCGGGACCCACUACCGGGUCGCAGACUGAUCUAAGAUGGGUCGCAACAGCAGCACUACCACAAUACAAAUAUAUGCCAAUGUUUUCAGUUGCACCAAGCUUAGCCACCAAUGCUUCAACAGCCUUUAACCCCUACUUGGGGCCUGUCUCUCCUGGUUUGGUCCCAGCAGAGAUCCUGCCGUCAGGGCCAAUGCUGGUUGCGGGGAAUCCUGGCAUGCCAGUUCCUGCUGCAGCAGCAGCAGCCGCACAAAAGCUAAUGAGGACAGACAGACUGGAGGUAUGCCGAGAGUACCAGCGUGGCAAUUGUAACCGAGGAGAAAACGAUUGCCGGUUCGCUCACCCUGCCGACAGUGCAAUGAUUGAUACCAAUGACAACACCGUUACCGUCUGCAUGGAUUACAUCAAAGGGAGAUGCUCAAGGGAAAAGUGCAAAUAUUUCCACCCUCCUGCACACCUGCAAGCUAAGAUAAAAGCUGCCCAGUACCAGGUCAACCAAGCAGCAGCUGCUCAGGCAGCAGCUACUGCAGCAGCCAUGACUCAGUCGGCUGUCAAAUCACUGAAGCGACCCCUCGAGGCAACCUUUGACCUGGGAAUUCCUCAAGCUGUACUCCCCCCAUUACCAAAGAGGCCUGCGCUUGAAAAAACCAAUGGUGCCACCGCUGUCUUUAAUACUGGUAUCUUCCAAUACCAGCAGGCUCUUGCAAACAUGCAGUUGCAACAGCAUACAGCCUUCCUUCCACCAGGCUCAAUAUUGUGCAUGACACCCGCUACAAGUGUUGUUCCCAUGGUGCACGGCGGUACGCCCACCACUGUGUCUGCAGCAGCAACAUCUGCCACAAGCGUCCCCUUCGCUACAGCAGCCACAGCCAACCAGAUACCCAUAAUAUCUGCCGAACAUCUGACUAGCCACAAGUAUGUUACACAGAUGUAGACAUAUAAUCAUCAAACAAUCAUAUAAAAGAAAAGAGGACAGUGUGACUGAAUGAAGAAACGGAACAGGUCAUUAGCCAUAAUGUAUAUACCGUCAGAUAACAGCACCCAAAUUUCCUCAGCAGUAAGACAUCCACAUAUUGCAUGUUAACAAGAUGAAAUGACAACUCGGAAAUCCACUGCACACUGUUGCCUAUAUAGUUUGUACAUUGAAUAGAUAUUUGUGCUGGGGUGAUCAUAUUGUCUAAAGACUACAGCAUUGUCUAUCUUUUCUAGCACACAGGUAAAGCAGCGCAUACACAGCAGAGGUAUGCGCUGGCAGACUCGUUCCUACAUAAUCAUGUACGUCAUCUUGAAAAGACAGACUGUGAUGUAGCCAUAGAUCUAUUAUGUAUUGGUACGUCUGUAGACCAAGAUAUAAUUUUUUAAGUAAGUUUAUUUCUUUCAAGGUUUACAAAGAAAAGAAAAUAACGAAAGGUGCACCUUGUAUUUAAAAAAUUGCCAUUAUAGAAGAGAGCGUGCAUGCACAGUAUAAUUUUUAUUUUCCUUUCAUUUUUUUGCUUUUAAGAGUUAAUAUUUUUAAAUGUAAUAGAUUGUAAGAAGUGGUAAAAAGAGGUAUCUGACAGAGAUGAAUGUGCCAAGUAUAAACCACAACUGUGUAUAUUUUUAAAGCACAUCAAUGGCUUUAAGUACCAUGUUGUUAAAAGAUGCUCAUGAAGUGCCAUAGACAGUAAUCAAAGUAGAGUAUUAUUUCUGCAGUGUUACUUUUAAGAGCCACGUUUUUAAUUUUGCUUGUUUUCCUAGUUGCUAAUCAGUCAAAGGGCACCCCUUCUGUUUUAAACCAAAGCUGUCUCAGAAAUGGCCAGUUUUACCUUACUUAACAGUAGGCAGCACAUUUUUAAAAUAAGCAAAAACCAGUCUUAAACCCAGGUUAUUCCUACACAUACUGGAUAUAUAAACCUAUAUAAAUUAUUAUAAUCCAUAAUAACAGUUAUGCAAACUAUACCAUAUAACAGACAAUAUACAUUUUUUUUAAAAAAAAUAUCUUUUUUUAAAAAAGGGAAAAGCCAUUUCUGAGACACUGUUUGCAAAACAUUUGAGGAAUUUUCUUUCGCUUCGAAUUUCUAACCUCUGUCAGAAGUCCAAGAGACUCUAAAAGUAUUGGAGGAGACGGAUUUUUGCUUUCUUCUCAAAUGCAUCACUUCAAAGUCACGCACUUCAAAAUGAAAUAAAAUAGUGACUCUAAUCAUGAGAGAAGCACUGACAUCAGAUGCACGAUUUUUUUAAAAAAAGAAACCAAAACAAUGAGAUAAAUGGAGAUGUUAAUUAGAAAUAGGUAUCGGGUGGGUUAAAUAUUGGGAUGAAUUUUAUAUGUGAUUUCUUCUGUUCAGAUUUAACUGCUUAUAGCCUUAGAAAGCCUUUACAAAAAUGAAACAAAAACAUAGAUGUGCAUUCAAGUUUUAAAGAAUGGAUUCAUCCAAAGGAAAUCUUUUUUGUGGUUUGGAUGUUGCAGCUAGUAAAGGAUAUAUUUUGCUCUGUUCAGCAAAGCUAAAGGGUUGCUGAGGUGGGGGCCAGGUCACUGGUAGUCUAUGGAAUGGAAGAGGAGAGAGUUCAGUUCUAGAACUUUCCGUACUUCCAAGUUUACUUGCAGGUUUUUAUGCUUGAGAUGCUUUCUAGAAAAAAAAAAGAAUGAUGUGUUGAUUUUACUGAUUGUACUGUACAUCUAUUAAAGCCUUAGAUUAUUACAUUACGGGUUAAAACCCAUACCAAUGUAAUUUCAAUCGUGUUAAGAAAGUAUAGGUGACUUCACAUGUUAUUGUAGUUUACUUACAUUAGAGAAUACUACUUAUUUUUUUUUCCUUGUUAAAAUAGUAGUUUUUAUUUCUUACAUUUAUUAGAUCAUUUUCAUUUUCUAUUACCAGACGAAUGCCAUUUCAGUUUAUAGAAUUUUGUUUUAUUAGAUUUUAACUAAUGAAUUUUUCAAAAUACGGGAAAAAUUUAAAAAGUUUUUUUUCUUCAUAGCAUAUGCAGUUUUGAAUUUACAUGUAGUGUCAUGAAUAUUCGUAUUAUUGUUAACUAAAUGAUUUAUAUUUUACUGAUUUAAUAUUACAAUGUAAGAAUAUCAGUCAUUGUUAGUUCUUGUCUAGUUUUCAUUAAAAGAACAAAGAUCUUUUAUAUGGAUAUCUUAUAUAAUCAUUGCUAAGUAAGAAGUUAAGUUGUUGCUAUUGCAACGAUCCUGGCAGACAACUGAGUAAUAUUUUGAUGAUUUAUUUUGUUUGUAAUUAAUUAUAAAAGAAAAAAUCUAGUUCCUAGAUAUCAGAAUAAAAAAUUUAUUUUCUACUGUAUCCAUUUCAAAUGUUAAAAUAUUGUUUAAAUAUUUUUUUGAAAUCCCUGAAUAUCAGGCCUUGUUAUAAAUAAGCUGCAUAAUCAAUAGAUCAAGGGACUUUUUGUUGAUAAUCCAAAUACUCAAAAGUUUACGUAUAACAAGAAUUAUAAUAUGUAUGAGUGCGUGUGCAAACUCUUGAGGGUUGAUUAUGCUGCAGUUUAGCAUGUGGGAAAGUAUAGAGAGAAGGUUGACCUUUUGCACUUCUGUAUAUAGUCAAAAAAAAA